AUGGCUGAGCAGCGCAGAGGUCCUGGAAGGCCAAGAACUAGAAAUGUGGAAUCCGAGCAAGCAGCUGGGAAUGCAGGCGUACCUUGGCAGCAGAUAAUGCAACAGAUGCAACAGCAGAAUCAGAUGAUGAUGCAGAUGAUGCAGGGCAUGCAAGGACAACAACCUCCUGCUCCGGUUCCUGUUCCCCAAGCUCCAGCAGGGCCAGAUUUUCGUGCUUUCUUCAGAAUGGAUCCCCCAGAGUUUGCAGGUGGCUUAGACCCAGUAAUGGCUCAUGACUGGUUGGCUAGUAUGGAGAGGAUAUUCCAGGCAAUCCAGUGUAACGAAGAAGAGAAGGACUGGCAUCAUUUCAAGGCGACAUUUCUAGAGAAGUAUUUCCCUAACAGUGUUCGGACCCAAAGAGAAAGAGAAUUCCAGAAUUUCAAGCAAGGCAAUUUGUCUGUUUCCGAGUAUGCUGAAAAGUUUGAAGAUAUGGCUGAUUACUCACGACAGGCUGUUUAUGCUCCUGACGAGCUAUGGAAGAUUGAUCAAUUCUUGAUGGGUUUGAGGGCCGAUAUUGCUCAUAGUUGCUACGUUGCCGAAAACAGCUUGAAGAGAGUUCAAGAAGAAAGGAAUCAAAACAGGGUUAACCUUAGAGACCAAGGAAGAUCUACUCAGCACCUAAAGCCCCGUAACUCUCCAUCAAAGAAGAAGCAAGGUUAUGGUGACCAAUCCAAUCGACACCCUUAUUGUGACAAGUGUAAAAGAAGACACCCUGGGGAUUGCAAGCUCACUUCAGUGACUUGUUAUGAGUGUGGCGAGCAAGGUCACAUAUCUACGUAUUGUCCCAAGAAGAAGAAAACUCAGGAGAAGACCACAGGUCGCGUCUAUACCUUGGAUGCAAGAAAGGCCAAAGGGAACAACAAUCUCAUCGCAGGUACUUGUUAUGUAAACAAUCAACCCUUAUGUGUGUUAGUUGAUUGCGGAGCUACGCAUUCUUUUAUCUCUACCGAGUGUGCUUACCGACUUGGUUUGGAGGUUAAUCCCUUACCCGACCCUAUGGUCAUUUCUUCAGCCACGGACGAUACAGUGGAAGCUCGACUGAUUUGUAAGGAUUGUUCAGUAUCUUUUAAUGGUCGUGACUUUCCGAUUGAUCUAAUUUGUUUACCUCUUAAGAGACUCGAUGUCAUUCUUGGAAUGGACUGGUUGUCUCCUAAUUCGGUGUAUAUUGGUUGCAAGGAAAAAGCCAUAUUCAUUCCUGCUAAAGAAACAUCCUCCGACGAUGCAAUUACCAAGUUGAUUGAAGGAUAUCACUUCUCUUCCUCCGGAAAGGGAAGCAGAAUUCUCAAUUGA